UUGGAGGUCUGCUACAUAUAUAUACCUGUCCACAUACUGUGCACCUGAACUAGUGCGGCAGUGUUCACCUCCUAGGACAGAAAUGGCCUCGACCGAGGGCAACACUCAGACAUACAAGAUGACGUCCUUGGACAACGACAUCAACCAACAUUUCCAGGAUGCAAUUGAUGUAAUUCAACAGCAUUCAAACAAUUCAUAUUACAAUUCAGAGUACAGAUAUUAUGAGACUUUGGGUUCGCAGCAGCAAUCCCUGCAGUGUCAAAUCUCCUGCUGCCUGGUGACACACCCGUCUGAUGUACAGGCUCCGGUUUAUGACUGGAAUGACAUGGCUCAGCAGUCCUGGCCUCAGGGCAUCCCUGAAGUUUCCUUGGGUCACUCUGUGCAUUGCAAUGAAUCGCCUAAUUUCUACUCUAUCUUACCACCACAGAGGAACAGCAAAUCAGGUCGUAAGAAGCUCAGACUUUAUGAAUACCUCCAUGAAGCUCUCAAUGACCCCAACAUGGGCGAUUCAAUCCAGUGGACAGACAACAGCAGCGGCACCUUCCACUUCAUCUCCAAGAACAAGGAGAAGCUGGCUGAGUGCUGGGGCCAACGCAAGGGCAACCGCAAGACCAUGACCUAUCAGAAGAUGGCCAGAGCUCUGAGAAACUACAGCCGCACCGGGGAGAUCAUCAAGGUGCGCCGCAAACUUACUUAUCAGUUCAACCCAGACAUCCUGCACAGGCUGGGCUCGGCACACCUGCCCUGCCGCCCUGCAGCUCAGGAGGAGGUCCACAUUCGGCAGCCAAGCCCAGCUGAACAGAGCUACUGCGGCCCUUCAGCGGCCGACUGGCACAGCUGGUACGGACACUACCAGCUGCAGGAGGACUAUGACCUGGCCUCCAGCUUCACUUCACAAAACACGAACAAACUCUGAGCUGCUUCUGAUCACUGAGGGGGAAAAUAACUUUAAAAGGUUUUUCAAAGACUUCGGUUUGUCUACUCUCAAAUGUUCCAGGUCCACAUCCAGUCCCUGAACCUCCUACAGGCUAUAAUCGGACUAUUAAUGUCAUAAAAGCUGUUUAAAUACAUGUUUAUGUUCCAUAUAGGAGUGUGACAAAAUGUGAGGACUAAAAUAAAAUAACCCCUAGAUUAAAACUAAAACUAAAUCUAACAGAUAAGUGACAAUUAAAGGAAUUGGGAUUCAAUUAGAAAUAUUUAUUGAUUAACAAGUACUCAACCUAGGAGGUUUUCAAAGACAGAGACCAUAUUUAGUCAAUUUAUGUCUUGUGUCACAGAUUUGUUUUGUGGAUUUAUACACUGCCAGUAAAAUGUGUCACUGUAAAAACUUCAAAAAUUACUGCAUUAAUUGUAUAAGAAACUUCUCUAAAGUUUAUCAAGAAGAGAGAUUUCAAUUAUAACCCGUAGAUUUGACGUAAAUGUUACUUUAAAGAAUGAUUUAAAAAUCUUCAAUGGAUUAAAUGCAGUUAUAUAUUCAAAGAUGCUGACAUUAACUGCGGACAAAACAGGUUGCGCUUUCCAGUUAGCACACCUGCAUUUAAUGAAGGAUUCAUGAGCAGAAACAAAAGGUGCUUAACAGGUAGGGUUUAGUUCUUCAUUAUAGUCUGAGGAAUUAAAUGUUAUCUUUAAAAAAAUAUCUAUAUUAUACUAGAAGCAAAAAAGGUUGAACAAAUCUGACAUCUACAACAGGUGUUCAUUUUAAAUAAUUGACCCAUAAAAUGUAAUAAAAACAAAAGAAAACUCUAAGGUUUUUAUAUGGUGGAAGAGAGGAUGAGGAUUAUUUGAUAACAAUAAUAACAAUUGAUACUAAGGUUUGUCUAUGGCUCCUGUUGUUUAAACAACCAGUUAUAAGCAUUAUCUGAUGAAAUGUUUUGUAUACUUAUCUUAUUGUGUAUAAAGAAAUGUUUGCUAUUAUAAGAGUCAUUUUUUGUAUCAAACUUUUCAUUUGAAUAAAAACCAAUAAAUCAA